CGCUUCUCCACUCCUCCUCGUCCUCCUCUUCCCUCUCCUCGUUGAACGCCGCACUAUCAAAUCACCCAGCAGAAAGGCCCGCUCGCUCUCCCACGCCGUGGUCUUUCGCAGCAGCGACGACCGCGCGCGCCGUCCGGGCAGGGAUCACCGAGGUACGCGCCAUGAUGUCGUCGGCGUCGGAGACGUUCUCGCUGGACCACCUCGCGCAGCAUCAGCAGCACCCGCCGCCGCCGCCGCUCGCCGAGCAGGAGCAGCUCUGCUACGUGCACUGCAACUUCUGCGACACCAUCCUCGCGGUGGGCGUGCCGUGCAGCAGCCUGUUCAAGACGGUCACCGUGCGGUGCGGCCACUGCGCCAACCUGCUCUCCGUCAACCUCCGCGGCCUCCUGCUCCCGGCUGCCGCCACCGCCGCCAACCAGCUCCCCUUCGGCCAGGCCCUCCUCUCCCCCACCUCACCCCAUGGCCUCCUUGAUGAGGUGCCGUCGUUCCAAGCGCCGCCGAGCCUAAUGACCGAACAGGCGAGUCCCAACGUGAGCAGCAUCACGAGCAGCAACAGCAGCUGUGCCAACAACGCGCCGGCGACGUCGAUGGCGUCGGCGACCAAGGCUACCCAGCGAGAGCCGCAGCAGCCGAAGAACGCGUCGUCAGCCAACAGGACUUCAGAAAAACGGCAGAGGGUUCCUUCGGCGUACAACCGGUUCAUCAAAGACGAGAUACAACGCAUCAAGGCAAGCAAUCCGGACAUCACCCACAGGGAGGCUUUCAGCGCAGCAGCCAAGAACUGGGCCCAUUUCCCACACAUCCAUUUUGGCCUGAUGCCGGACCAGGGCCUGAAGAAGACCGGCAUACAAAGCCAGGAAGGAGCGGCUGGGGAAUGUAUGCUCUUCAAGGACGGUCUCUACGCUGCAGCCGCCGCCGCCGCCGCUGCAGCAGCAGCCACAGCAGCAUCUAGCAUGGGAGUCACUCCAUUCUGAAGUAUCAAUCAGAUCAAUACACGAUAAUAUUCGAUCUGGCUUCAAAAAACUCUGUGCCCCACUGUAGUUAGGGUUCUGCAUGCCUCUGGAUCUCGAGAUAUGAUCUCCGGCCGGUUUCUUGUUAACUGAAAUGCUCCUCUAUAUAUGGACGAUCAUGGCAUCGAUCAUGCAUGGCGUCUUGGCAUGCAUCGAUCGUAUCCAAGUCCUCAUCUAGCUAUGUGUAAUUCUAGUUUUCUCAGCUUCUUCAUGUAUUUUCGCCUUCAAUUUUCCUAUUCCUAUUCGCCUGCACAGAGGCUGCUAGCUGUGCGUGCUGCCUCUUAUAUAUCUUAUGGACAUAAGUAGAUCAAUUUGGCUUAGUUGCCGGGUGAUCAUUU